AUGGACCCCCAGAGCGAGACCACGAGCACUGAGGCUGAACUUGAAUCGUUCCGCCAGAGAUGGAGGGAAGAAGUCUCGGCCCGAGCCAAGGGCAACGCGCCUGCGACAGCUGCACCAACGAGGGCUACAGGUCCAUCAGUCAGCAAGCCCCAUGCAGCCAAGGGACCUGCACCAGACGCAGCAUCCCACGCCCAUGCACACCAGCGAGGCAUAGAAGACACAGAUGAAGUCACUCCGUAUGUUCAUCAAGACUUGGGUGAAAAGCAGCAUGGUCGAAGACUGGAUGAAACCAGCGGUCAGACUGCCGCUAUUACUUCUGCAAACACACAGCCGGAAACUGCAUUAGAUCAUUAUGAGAAAGCUGUUGAGCGUGAGACGGAAGGAAACCUGGGAGAAAGUGUUGCGUUGUACAGGAAAGCUUUCAAGCUCGAUGAUGGCGUGCAUGAGAAGUACAAGGCCAAGCACUUCCCACCUUCGUUCUUCAAGAAUAGGCCCAAGCCCCAACCGCAGGCGCACAGUACCUCAGCUGCAGGCGCAGCUUCAUCGACAACAUCGAAACCACAAGAUCCGAACUCCUCAAAUGCGCCGGCAACAGUACCCAAUACCGCCCAUCACUCCCUACAUGGUCUCCCGCCUUCCUUACAACUUCUGCUCGGAGGAUUCUCUGGUCUGUCAAUCACCGGAGACGCACCGCCAACGGAUCUGUCUCCAGCCCCACCAUGCCCAAUAGCGACUGUUCCAGAGGAAAUAAUUGUGCAGAUAUUGGAGCAUCUUGCUAUCCAAGAUCUGGCAGCAUUCGUUCGCCUUGCCCAAGUCUGCAAACGCCUUGCAUAUCUUGUCAAUACUGAGGACCAAGUCUGGAAACGCCUGGCUCUGGGCAACGAGUACGGCUUCGCAGCUAUGCACUACUCUUACACCUGCCAACUCGACGGCCAACCGCUUGGCGAUGAUGAUGAGGGCGGUUUCACCUUGGGGGAUAGCUCUGAUAAUGAGGCCGACGUCCCUAUGACCCCUCCUCCCUCUGUGGCCAUCACCCAAAUGCUCGUCCCUUCGUCGUACCCCACAUACCGUACCCUUUUCCAUCGACGCCCACGUAUCCGGUUCAAUGGUUGCUACAUCAGCACGGUCAACUACCAGCGCGCUGGUGCAGCAAGUACGAUGAGCUUGACAUGGGGCUCACCCAUUCACAUCGUCACAUACUACCGCUAUCUCCGCUUUCUCCGAGACGGCACUUGUAUCUCACUUCUCACGACUUCUGAGCCCGCCGAUGUUGUGCCAUACCUUUACAUCGAACACAUGCAUAGGAACCACGGUAGUCUCCCAUCCGCGCCAAUGAAGGACGCACUUCUAGGUCGUUGGCGCCUCACAGGGCCUGAAAUGCCCGGCGUCGCAGACGGAGAGCAGGAAGGCGCGCUGAUCAUCGAAACGGCAGGCGCGACACCGAAGUACUUCAACAAGAUGAUCCUCAAUGUCAGCACCGCCGGUCGCCAGACUAAGAACAAUAGAUUGACCUGGCAGGGCUACUGGAGCUACAAUCGCCUGACGGACGACUGGGGCGAGUUUGGUCUCAAGAACGACAGACCGUUCUACUGGAGUAGAGUUAAGAGCUACGGUAUGGCCUGGGAUGAAGGUGGAAGGAAGGAUCUCUAG